AUGAGCAACGAACUUCAAGACAAAACCGUCCUCGUGACAGGCGGAGCAGGUGGCCUCGGCAAAGCCAUCGCAACCAAGUACCUCGAAGCCGGCGCGAACGUGGCCAUCUGCGAUAUCAACCCGCAAAGACUCCAGGACACAGCCGCGGAACUAGGCGGGACCGAGGGCCGCCGCAUCAAGGCCAUCCAGGCGGAUAUUACAUCCUCGAGCGAGGCGCAGAGACUCGUGGAUGAGGUUGUGGCGGAGUUCGGGAAGUUGGAUAUCUUGAUCAAUAAUGCGGGGAUUAUGGAUCGGUUUGAUCCCGUCGGGGACCUGGAUGAAGGGCUCUGGGAUAAGGUUAUUGGGGUGAAUCUUACGGCGCCGUUCCUGUUGAGUAAAUUGGCUGUGAGAAAUAUGUUGGCUCAGGAGGCGGGGAAGAGGGAUGGGUGUAUUGUGAAUAUUGUCUCUGUGGCGGGCAAGGCGGGAUGGGCUGCUGGCGCGGCAUACACGGCAAGUAAGCAUGGUCUUAUCGGCUUGACGAAAAACACGGCGUCGUUCUAUGGGAACCAAGGCAUCCGAUGCAAUGCGUUGAUGCUAGGAGGGAUGGACACGAAUAUCGUCGAGGCGUUCCAGUCCGGCAUCAACGCUGCCGGAAUGGGCAAGGCAAAGGGAAUCAUAGAAGCCGUUGGAGUACCUCUUUGUCAACCCGAUCAGGUGGCAGAUGUGUGUUUGUCGUUGUCAUCUGGGAAAGGAUCGAAGUUGAUCAAUGGUGCUUGCAUCCCGGUCGAUCAAGGAUGGACUGGAAUUGUGGGAUGA